AUGAAUUGUUCAUUUUUUCAGCAAUCAUGUCAGACUCAGGAGACGAUGUUUCAAUUGAUGAUGUUGGACUUUCAAGUGGUGAUGAAGAACUCCUCCAAUCUAUGGGCUUCACAUCCGAGUUAAUUGGAGUAGCUGUAAAAAAUAUUACUUAUCAGGAUUCUUCAAUGAGACUUUCUCAAGGUAGAACAGGUGGUGCGCCUAGUGGCUCUGAACUGGAACAUGUCUCGCAGCAUGACAGCACUACUACACAAGAAGACCAUCGACCAUCGACCAGCACUACUACCAAUAAAGAAGAUAUCAAUUGUCAACUCGAUGUCAGCUCGGAUUUAAUUUCCUACAAGUCGUAUAUUUUUAGUGAUGUGAAUUUAAGCUCAUGUAGCAAUAUUGAAGAACGUACAGUUUUGGACAUAACAAAUACACAAAACAAUAAAACACUAUCUCCAUUUGGAAAUAGGGGAAAUAUCAAUGAAGAAUGUUCUAUUGAGGAAUCAAGCCAAGCUGAUGACCCUGAUUACUUGCCUGAAUUGGAUCUAGCAGGACAAACGGCAGAAGAGCUAAAUAUGGAUGAAGACGUAGACGAAAAUAAUGAAUGUUGUGACAAAGAGAACAAUAACAUUGUGAAAGAUAAUAAAGAAGAAGAUGAUCAUGAAAAAGAGCAGCCAAAGAAAUUGAGAAAGAAAGAUAACAAACAGAAUUGGAAAAAAACGUUGCCUAUGAUAAAAGACAGAAAGGAGAAGCCUACAUAGGGUAUAGAAGAUGUAAUCCUGGAAAAGUAGCACAUGAUAUUCAAAGGGAAGCUAAGGUUUUAGGUCCUAGAUGCCAAUCCGUAGCAUGUAUCAAGUCAAAGUUGAGAGCAUGCAACACUAUCACCGAAGA